AUGAAUCAAAUGAAUACAAAUGCUAAUACAGAAUUAGCAAAAGAUUAUAUUGCUAAACGAAAAAUUCCUCAACUAUUUGAAGCAUUAAUCACUGGUCUUAUGGUUCAUAAACCAGAAGAUCACAUUGACUUCAUUAUUGAAUCUUUAACACGUUAUAAAGAUGGCAAUCAACAAUUAAAAUGGGAUACAUUUAUUGGACGAAAAGGUGGUAUGAAUAAUACGUUGGUUCCACUGAAAACUUCGACAAAUACAAAUAUUACGUCGCCACCUUCUUCUUUUCGUACAGAAAUGACUCGUUCACCAAAACUUGAUGCUAUACCAACAGGAAAACGAGAAGAAAGACCAAAAAUUGAAGAUCUUCCGCAAUCACCAAUACCAGAUCAACAACAAGAAAAAGUGGAUGAUCAACAACAAGAAGAAGUGGAUGAUCAUCAACAUAUUAAAACUGAAGAAGUCAAUAUUCAAGAUUUGCUUAAAGGCAAACCAAUUAUUUUUGUUGGUGGUGGACCAGGUAGUGGUAAAGGAACACAAUGUGAAAAAAUGAUUGAAAAAUAUGGUUUUACACAUUUAUCAGCUGGUGAUUUAAUUCGAGCAGCUUCACAAGAUUCAACAACCGACAAAGGUCGUUAUUUUAAUGAAGCUAUGUCACAAGGAAAACUUAUUUCAACGGAAGAUAUACUUGGCUUACUUAAAGAUGCUAUUCAAGAAAGAGCUAAUGAAGCUUCCGGCUUUUUAAUAGACGGAUUUCCACGUCGCGUUGAUCAAGGUAUACAAUUUGAAAAUGAAGUUGCUUCAUGUGAUGUUUUAAUUUAUUUUGAUGUACCGGAUGAAAUAAUGAUUGAACGAUUAAUAAAACGUGGUGAAACAAGUGGUCGAAUUGAUGAUAAUCAAGAAACAAUUGCCAAGCGUUUAGUUACAUUUCAUGAACAAACAACACCUAUUUUGGGUUAUUAUGGUAAACAAGGAAAAUUAAUAACGAUUGAUGCUAAUCGAGAAGCAGAUGAAAUAUUUGAUGAUGUAUCUCAUGCAUUGGCUGGCUUAAUGGAACAAAAGCAAGUAGUUGUUGGACAGACAUCUGCAUUAGAUAAAUUGAAAAAUAGCAAAAUCAUCUUUGUCGUCGGUGGACCAGGAUCAGGAAAAGGUACACAAUGUGAACGAAUUGUUGAAAAAUAUGGAUUUACACAUUUAAGUACUGGAGAUCUUCUUCGUGAAGCUGUUCAAUCAAAAUCUGCACGAGGUGAACAACUAAAUGCAUUAAUGAAAGAAGGCAAAUUAGUACCGAUGGAAGUUGUUCUCGAUUUACUCAAAGAGAAUAUGCUUAAAAAUAUAGAAAAAUCAAAGGGUUUUCUUAUCGAUGGAUAUCCACGUGAAAUUCCACAAGCAAAAAAAUUUGAAGAAAUGAUUGCACCAUGUAAUCUUGUUCUUUAUGUUAAAGCAAGUGAUGACACAAUGACAAAACGAUUAUUACAUCGUGGUCAAACAUCUGGUCGAGUUGAUGAUAAUGAAGCAACAAUUAAAAAUCGUUUGAAAACAUUUCAUGAUCAAACAUUUCCUGUUUUAGAUUUAUAUGAAAAACAAGGCAAAUUAGCUGAGGUCAAUUCAGAAUUAGCACCAGAUGAUGUUUUUACUGAAGUGCGUGUUUUUCUCGAUAAACUUGCUUAA